AGAUUUCAUUGACCGUAAGAAAAACCCGAGAAUGCCGUGGAGGGAUGUGGGGGUUGUGAUUCAUGGGAAAGCUGCCCGAGAUGCCUCACGACACUUUAUCCAAAGAUGGAACUUUACAAAGGUGAGCACCGCAUUGUUUGAUGACAGUGCCAAGGUCUACACUACUUCAUCUGAAUGUCCUUACUCCUACAGCAUAUCACACAGCGUUACGCUAUUACAGUAGAUUGGGGACAAUCUUCUAAACAGCCAACUAUAAAACCAGACAAAUAAAAUAACAUAAUAUUUGUAAUUUUAAUUUUACAUUGGUAGUUAUUGUUUCCUUUGGCUAUGCUCCAUCAUUGUGUCACUAUACUUCAACACUUGAAAACAACAAGGUGUAAGCGCACAAAUGGUAAGCUUAUCUCACAUAGGCAGAGGUAUUCAGAAUAAAACCUAUUUAAAAAAACAUAAAAGCGACAUAGCACAGACUGUAUAAAAGUGUUAUCUGUAGAAUCAAUGUAGAGGACACUCACAUAUUUAAGAGCCCUUAAGGUCGGCUCUGAACUCAGUAGGUGUUUGUAAAAACCACUUGGCGUGUUGUUAAGUCAUGGGAUCCCAGUAUACUCCUUUAAAAGUCAGGAACCGCAGCAAAAUAAACAAACCCUAAAUAAUAAGUGGUAAAAACAGCUCUUAGCACAACGCGUUUCGACCGUAGCUGGUCUUCCUCAGGUGCAUAUCCUACUGAAUUCACAGUAGGAUAUGCACCUGAGGAAGACCAGCUACGGUCAAAACGCGUUGUGCUAAGAGCUGUUUUUACCAACGUAUUAUUUAGAGUUGGUUUAUUUUGUAAUAAAGUGUAUUACUUACCUACGCUGCGGUUCCUGACUUCCAUUUAAAGGAGUAUACUGGGAUCCCACUGACACAACUUCAACAUGUCACUAUACUAACACACUGCCCUGACACAACUACAACAUGUCAAUAUACUAACACACUGCACCACUGCCCUGACACAACUACAGCAUGUCACUAUACUAGCACACUGCACCACUGCCCUGACACAACUUCAACAUGUCACUAUACCAACACACUGCACCAUUGCCCUCACACAACCCCUGACACAACCACUGACACUGUUACUGCACCACACUGUGGCAUCCUGCUGGAUCUCUGACACUCCUACAACACUCUAGUGCAUUCCUCUACACUGCUACACUACUACACUUCAGAGCACACACUUGUUAUUACAACAACUUCAGUGACCUUUCCUCUUUCUACAGAACAUCAAGUCGAAAUAUAAAGGUCGUUCUUUCCCUUUUCUGCUGCCGAAGUCUCAGAGCACGGCUGACAAGCUGCAUUAUACAGUGCCGGGGUCACACAGCGCUCAAGUGCAGGUGGGAUGCAUUCGGCAGGAGGAUCUCUUUGGGCUCUCUGGGGGGGGGAGGGGGAGGGGGCUCUCUGGGGGGGGGAAUGUACCUUCUGUACAUUCUGCUCAUUAUAAUUCAUUACUAUUAGAACUUUAAAGGGACACUAUAGUCAACUGAACAACUUUAGCUUAAUGAAGCAGUUUUGGUGUAUAGAACAUGCCUCUGCAGCCUCACUGCUCAAUUCACUGCCAUUUAGGAGUUAAAUCCCUUUUUUUAUGAGCCCUAGUCACACCUCCCUGCAUGUGACUUGCACAGCCUUCCAUAAACACUUCCUGUAAGGAGAGCCCUAUUUAGGCUUUCUUUAUUGCAAGUUCUGUUUAAUUAAGAUUUUCUUAUCCCCUGCUCUGUUAAUAGCUUGCUAGACCCUGCAAGAGCCUCCUGUAUGUGAUUAAAGUUUAAUUUAGAGAUUGAGAUACAAUUAUUUAAGGUAAAUUACAUCUGUUUGAAAGUGAAACCAGUUUUUUUUUCCAUGCAGGCUCUGUCAAUCAUAGCCAGGGGAGGUGUGGCUAGGGCUGCAUAAACAGAAACAAAGUGAUUUAACUCCUAAAUGACAGUGAAUUGAGCAGUGAAAUUGCAGGGGAAUGAUCUAUACACUAAAACUGCUUUAUUUAGCUAAAGUAAUUUAGGUGACUAUAGUGUUCCUUUAACCUAUCUAACAUAAUAGUCUUCCUAAUAUCAGUGAGCCAAGAUCAAAAUAAAAAUCAAUUUACGGCAGAAUUACAGCUCAUCGCAAUUCACUGUUUAAUAUAUUUUUUGGAAUUAUUAUGCUUAUUUUUAAUGUUUUUUAUGUGCUUUAAAGCGCCACCUAGGGCCCUUGGAAACUAACACAAGAUCAUAUGUAUGUGAGUCAUUUAUUUUCCAUACUCUGUAUGUGGACAGGAUUACAUGCCGACGCCGGUCCGCAUGGAAUUCAGACAUUAUUAAUCAGAUACUUGUUUCUAGGGCUUCCCAUGUUGCAAGGAAGGUAAGGUGAUGGAUACUUAAAGCUAACACGUCCCCUUAUUUGCAGCCAGCUUCUGCAAGGAACGUUUAAUUUGCCCGCGAUGCUGCUCUCCCCAUAAUGCACAGGUGGCCAGUCUCUUCUCGCUUUUGUUGACUUGGAUAUUACGUUGAUUAUUAUUGAUCAUUUAUCACUUACCUAACAUUUAUCAACGUAGCACCAAUUUUGUCUAGGUAUAGUAUUAAUGGGUUUAAAAGGCUUUUAGCAGUUUGAAGAUAAUUUUAUGCAUGUUCCUUUUUUUUUAUUUUUUAUUUAUAUAUAAAAUGUAUUAUAUGCAUAAUCCCAGCAUGCCUCUGCGCUCCUUCUGAUUGGCUGAGCACGCUCUGUGGUCUGAAAUUUAUUUCUCGUUGGUAGCAAGCCCAGGAGAGAGAGGGAUAAAAGGACGUCCUACAUUUCUCUGAAAUACAAUCCAUAUUGACAAAUAGACUGCAGUUUUAUUAGAAUAUUUUCACAAUGUAUAGGUCUUUGUUGCGUGCUCUUUGGUCAGUAUGGAGUUAUUUAAAGUGGCAGGAUAAUUUAAGGUGCCAACACAAUUUAAAGAGAUUCUCUAGUGCCAGGAAAACAAAGCCAUUUUCCUGGCACUGUAGAAUUCUGGAGCGCCCUCCUCCCUUGCACCCCCCAUCCGACGUCGCUGAAGGGGUUAGAACCCCUUCAGACACUUACCUGAAUCCACCGUUGAUGUCUCUCGACGCGGGGUCAGGCUCAGUCCACGCUCCUUCCCCGCCGACGUCCGCCAGCGUGGGAGACCUAAUGAGCAUGCUCGGCAAUGGCCGCGCUCGCAUCAGGAUCUCCCCAUAGGAAAGCAUUAUUCAAUGCCUCCCUGUUGGGAUUCCAGCAACACUGAAGGUCCACAUGCAUAGCGUGAGGACGCCCAGCGUCAUUUAGACGACCAAAAGUUGUCUAAGAACCCGGAAGUCUCUCUAGUGGCUGUCUGGUAGAUAGCCACUGGAGGAGGACUUAACCCUGUAAGGUAAUUAUUGCAGUUUAUGAAAACUGCAAUAUUUACACUUGCAGGGUUAAGGGUGAUGGGAGUUGCCACCCAGACCACUUCAAUGGGCUGAAGUGAUCUGUGUGCCUACGGUAUCUAUUUAAAGGCAUUCUUCUUCCCACUAUAAUCUGUUUAAUUUUUCUACAUAAAAAAAUACAUCUUUUGGCCUACCCUUUAAGCCCGCCACCCCUUCUCAAAAACCUGUGUUUGAACGUGCAGCGGGAGGCACGUUAGGUUGAGAUGCAUUUGGUCAGAUAAGAGUAGAAUCCUGCCCAACAUGGCUGCUCAGCCACUAAAGACAUUUAAAAAUAAAUUAUUCAAAAUACAUAAUUUGACAAAAAAGCGUUGAUUGCUCCAUACAAGUAAUAUGAUGAGAAAUUGUUCCCUGUGACUUUGUUUUUUAUCAGUUGCUGCGGUCGGUGGAUGGCUGGUCAGCUGGAUGCAGUGAAUGUUCCAUUCUCAACGCGUACGUACGCUGCAUAUCGGAGGCAGAACACUACGUGUAUAUAGAGGUGAGAUUAGUGCAUCCACACGGCUUCUUCUCUCCUGUAGUCCAAUAUAUCUAAAGCUUUGACGUUUGCCUAUCCGAACUUUCAUUAACUCACAUUUUGUAGUCCAGUCCUCCUGCUCCCCAAUGGGUCAUGGUUACGAUAUUUGUUAAUUUAGCGAGUGGGCCAAGAUUGGCUGAAUGCUGUGUUUCUUUCUAGGUUGGUCAGAACCCCCUAUAGAAUCUACAAAUUCUGCUUAUUUCCCCCACAAAAGAUACGGAUUUCAAACAUCUUUCAUUUUUUUUUUUUUUUUUUUUAUAAAUUCUAUUUUUUCAUCAUUUACUAGGCACAGCCUUACCCAUGAUAUUUUUCAAGUUUUGAUUUUGAUGAGUAUUAUUUCUGUUACAGAAUUAUUUACUAGAGUGAGAAUUAGCUGAAAUUUUGAGAGAAAUGUAAUUUUAAGACAGAAUUGAUUAACGAAUAAAAUGUUCCCAGUCCGUUAUGUUAUCGUCAUAUUGCAGCUCACGGUUUGUGUCUUUAUUCCCUGCCCUUUACAAUAUAGUUCUUCUUUUUCGUAUCACGUUUUCACUCCCCUUUACUGGUAUAAAAACCACAGAGUUUUCUUUUGAUUUGUUCAUUAAAGUUAUAUGCUGCAUGGUCACCUCGUUUCUGCAGAAUAUAAUUUGUUAAUGUCGAGCUAUUGAUUAAGGAAAGGAUUGGCAUUCUAAAUAAAUAAUUUAUCUUCUCAAUUUCUAGAAUCAGUUCUUUAUUAGCUGUACAGCCAGUGGGACCAUACAUAAUACUAUAGGGGAUGUCAUUGUACAGAGGAUACUACGCGCAUACAGGUAAAAAGAACGUGUGUGUAAAGCUGGGAUUAGUACAGGGUGCUGUGUGUGUAAAGCUGGGAUUAGUACAGGAUGCUGUGUGUGUGUAGCUGGGAUUAGUACAGGAUGCUGUGUGUGUAGAGCUGGGAUUAGUACAGGGUGCUGUGUGUGUAGAGCUGGGAUUAGUACAGGAUGCUGUGUGUGUAGAGCUGGGAUUAGUACAGGAUGCUGUGUGUGUGUAGAGCUGGGAUUAGUACAGGAUGCUGUGUGUGUAGAGCUGGGAUUAGUACAGGGUGCUGUGUGUGUAGAGAUGGGAUUAAUACAGGAUGCUGUGUGUGUAGAGCUGGGAUUAGUACAGGGUGCUGUGUGUGUAGAGCUGGGAUUAGUACAGGGUGCUGUGUGUGUAGAGCUGGGAUUAGUACAGGGUGCUGUGUGUGUAGCUGGAAUUAGUACAGGAUGCUGUGUGUGUGUAUAGCUGGGAUAAGUACAGGAUGCUGUGUGUGUAGAGGUGGGAUUAGUACAGGAUGCUGUGUGUGUAGAGCUGGGAUUAGUACAGGAUACUGUGUGUGUAUAGAGCUGGGAUUAAUGCAGGAUGCUGUGUGUGUAGAGCUGGGAUUAGUACAGGAUGCUGUGUGUGUAGAGCUGAGAUUAGUACAGGAUGCUGUGUGUGUAGAGCUGGGAUUAGUACAGGAUGCUCUGUGUGUGUAGAGCUGGGAUUAGUACAGGAUGCUGUGUUUGUAGAGCUCGGAUUAGAACAGAAUGAUGUGUGUGUAGAGCUAGGAUUAGUACAGGAUGCAGUGUGUGUGCAGAGCUGGGAUUAGUACAGGAUGCUGUGUUUGUAGAGCUGGGAUUAGUACAGGAUGCUGUGUUUGUAGAGCUGGGAUUAGUACAGGAUGCUGUGUGUGUAGAGCUGGGAUUAGUACAGGACGCAGUGUGUGUAGAGCUGGGAUUAGCACAGGAUGCAGUGUGUGUAGAGCUGGGAUUAGCACAGGAUGCUGUGUGUGUAGAGCUACAAUUAGUACAGGAUGCUCUGUGUGUGUAGAGCUGGGAUUAGUACAGGAUGUUGUGUGUGUGUGUGUGUGUGUGGAACUGGGAUUAGUGCAGGAUGCUGUGUGUGUAGAGCUGGGAAUAGUGCAGGAUGCUGUGUGUGUAGAACUGGGCUUAGUGCAGGACGCUGUGUGUGUAGAACUGGGAUUAGUGCAGGAUGCUGUGUGUGUAGAGCUGGGAUUAGCGCAGGACACUGUGUGUGUGUAGAGAUGGGAUUAGUGCAGGAUGCUGUGUGUGUAGAGCUGGGAUUAGUACAGGAUGCUGUGUGUGUGUGUGUGUAGAGCUGGGAUUAGUACAGGAUGCUGUGUGUGUGUGUAGAGCUGGGAUUAGUACAGGACGCUGUGUGUGUAGAGCUGGGAUUAGUACAGGGUGCUGUGUGUGUAGAGCUGGGAUUAGUACAGGAUGCUGUGUUUGUAGCUGUAAUUAGUAACCGUGGGGGGAGGGGGUAUUGCUGUGUAAUUAUUUCUUGUGAUGGUAACAAUAUCGAUAAUAUUGCAGCACUAAUACCAAGUUCCGAGUUUUCAUUGUGAUCCCACUGAUCCCUGGGUUUGAAGGCAACAUUAAUGUAGGAGGAGGAAAUUCAAUACAAGCAAUCCUGCACUUUACAUUUAGGUAAGUACCCCACUCAUCCUGCAGUAGGCAUACAGGUACCUACCUCCUCCCAUCCUGCAGUAGGCAUACAGGUACUUACCUCCUCCCAUCCUGCAGUAGGCAUACAGGUACCUACCCCCUCCCAUCCUGCAGUAGGUAUACAGGUACCUACUCCCUCCCAUCCUGCAGUAGGUAUACAGGUACCUACCUCCUCCCAUCCUGCAGUAGGUAUACAGGUACCUACCUCCUCCCAUCCUGCAGUAGGCAUACAUGUACCUACCCCCUCCCAUCUUGCAGUAGGCAUGCAGGUACCUACCUCCUCCCAUCCUGCAGUAGGCAUACAGGUACCUACCCCCUCCCAUCCUGCAGUAGGCAUGCAGGUACCUACCUCCUCCCAUCCUGCAGUAGGCAUACAGGUACCAACCCCCUCCCAUCCCGCAGUAGGCAUACAGGUACCUACCCCCUCCCAUCCUGCAGUAGGCAUACAGGUACCUACCCCCUCCCAUCCUGCAGUAGGCAUACAGGUACCAACCUCCUCCCAUCCUGCAGUAGACACACAGGUACCUACCCCCUCCCAUCCUGCAGUAGGCAUACAGGUACCUACCCCCUCCCAUCCUGUAGUAGGCAUGCAAGUUCCUACCCCCUACCCCCUCCCAUCCUGCAGUAGGCAUCAAUGAGCUAAAGUGUCACCUUAAAUACACAUAUACAUUUAACACAGAACAGGUAAGCAGUAUAAUCAACCAUGAUUACAUGAUUGCAUUCUGUGCUGACAUAUGUUGACAGGAUUCCCUUUACUGGGAUUUAAGUGUGUCUGAGAGGUUAUUCCAUAAUUGCGGUGGGAGCUUCCCAGAAAAGUUCUUAUGCACAAAGCUGGAAAGAUGAAGAGUGCGUCGGGAUUCCAGCGACAGCCAGUUUAGUUCUUUUAUCAUGUCACAGUGGUGGAUCAUGUAAUUACAUUGUAGCACAAAGGGGCAUAACGAGUUAUACAACACAGUACGUUUAUUAAGGUGAGUUUGCGAUGCCGGUGCAUACAUUACAUCCCCAUAUUCAAUGACUGCCAUUAGAAUCUAUUUCCUUACUUUAGGGCUUAGGCAGGAUUUGUAUCUGUACAGGGUACCUAGUUUUGGAUAAAGUUUUUUCAAGAGGUUUUUUCAAUGUCAACGCAUGCCUAGGUAUUUGAAAGAGCAGACUGCUGUCAGUGUGCUAUUUGAAUUGUUCUGAUACACAGUUGUUAAUUUUGUAGUUUAUGUAAUUUAGGUACAGUUCCAAAGACCAUUGUAACGGUUUUGUCAGUGUUUAGGAAGAGUUUGUUAUCCGCUAUCCACUUUUCUACCUCUGUGAAUUGGUUUUGGAGCACAGCCUCAAGCUGCAGUAAAUUUGGUUUGCUAGCGUAGAUUACAGUGUUGUCUGUGUACAUGUGUAUAGUUGAGGCUUUGCAGACGUUAGGAAGAUAAUUUAUGAACAAUGUGAAUAGUAGGGGGCCGAGUAUGGAGUCUUGGGAGAACACCACAUGUGACAGAGUGAGAGAGGCGAUGUCAGAAAUGGACACAUGUUGAAAUAGAUCUGAUACAUAUCACUGAAAGCAGGUUAGGGGACGAUCACCAAUUUGAGUUUGUGCAGUAGAAUGUCGUGGUCUUCUGUGUCAAAGGCCUUUGCAAAAUCAAGGUAAAUAGCUCCAGUUAGGUCUCCUUGUUCCAUGCCAGUUUGGACAUCAUGCAAAUCUAACAUUUCUUUGUUUCUACAGCACUAUUUGCAGAGGAGACAACUCUAUUAUCUCCCGUCUGAAGGAAAGGAGUAAGUGGGGGCAGUUUACAAAGCUUUAGGGAAUCCUGAUUGAUAUUCAUUGCAAUGUUUUCUAGCAGGGCAAGGAUAGCAGUAGAGGAUUAUGGGAGCCAGUGUUAUCCGUUAUCUGUGCUCUUUAGCUGUUUAUAUUUGGUUCUAACUCAGGGCGCAUUUCUUUUAGUGGGAGACAGCUGGCGGUCGUAUCUCUCAGUAUGUGGUCUACGUACGCAUGGGGAAAUGCCAGACGGGUCGCUCGUUACCGAGCUCAUUUACAUACACAGCAAGCUGCUAAUUGUGGAUGAUCGAAAAGUCAUCAUCGGUAAGUGUCUGAGCCUGGAAACCAUGGUUUACCAUUUUCUAUCAGAAAUUGCCUUGGCCGCCAGUUCCUAGCAGUUUUCAGAGUUCCAAAAUUAGAAUCUGCAUCUUUAUCCCCAUCUUUUACACAGAUUUAGAUUCCAAAGCAAAUCCAUUUCUUAUAAGGAAACAAGCUAAAAGGAAAUAUCAUGUGAGAUGAUGGAACACUUUCUUGUAAUGUUUUGGGCAGAGAUUAGAAAUUGCUCCAUGUUUUGUGAAUUUAGCAUUUAUUCCCCUUUGCUCCCUCAUUGUAAAGUCCAGCUCUGCUUUCUGUUGUUACUUGUGAGGUUGCAGACAAACAACGCUGAGUGCCAAAUGAGAUCCUGCGCAUUGCUGUCAGCAGUAUCAGCACUGGAUGGGAAUGGACUCUCCAAAUAAAAAGCAUUUCAUGAGUUUAAUGUCCCACCAUCAAUGGACGCUGAGGAAUUAGACAUUUGAUAGACUUGUUUAAUCAAUUAGUCCCGAUCAUUCAUUAAACGUUCCCCCCCCCCAAUUUAGAACUGAACUGAAUUUCAUUAAUUAUCCAUUUUGUUUUCUCAUGAAUUUUCUUCCAAACAUUUGGUUAUAUAUUAACAUUUUAAUUAGCUUUUUGAUGGUGAAGAUUGGUGCCUGCUGCUUACAAUCAACCAAUAUAAAUUAGCUGUGUGAAGCUGAACCCCCUACAGUUGGCCCAAAUAAAAAAUCCAAUGUGUUUCGUUAGUGCUACGUUUGUGCUGUAAAAAUUAAGAUUUGUGCUGCUUUUAUUAUUAAGAUAAUUAGUGAUUAAAGAAAGGUCACCAAAAGUCACCCAGCCGUCCUACAACAGCCAAAAGACAUGAAACCGGGCUGGUUGGUUAGUGCUACGUUUGUGCUGGUUUGUCCUGUUAAGUUUCGUUCUCUCUCAUUCCAUUUUUGAGUUUUUAACGUUUAUUUUCCCUGUCAAAAAACAAACUGGCACAAAUACAAAUGUAAACGUGUGUGGCGUAUUAUUAUGUUUGCUUGCUGUGAUGUGAUUGCAUGUAGUGCUAAUAGUUUAAACUCUCCACUUUGUAACUUUGUGUCUCCCAUUGAAACAUAGAAACAUAGAAUGUGGCAGAUAAGAACCAUUCGGCCCAUCUAGUCUGCCCAAAUUUCUAAAUACUUUCAUUAUUUCCUGACCUUAUCUUAUAGUUAACAUCUACCACUUCAGCUGGAAGGCUAUUCCAUGCAUCCACUACCCUCUCAGUAAAGUAAUACUUCCUGAUAUUAUUUUUAAACAUUUGCCCCUCUAAUUUAAGACUAUGUCCUCUAGUUGUUUUUCUUCUUUUAAAUACAGUCUCCUCCUUUACUAUGUUCCCUUUAUGUGUUUAAAUGUUCCCUGUCUCGUCUUUCCUCCAAGCUAUACAUGUUAAGAUCCUUUAACCUUUCCUGGUAAGUUUUAUCCUGCAAUCCAUGAAUUAGUUUAGUAGCCCUUCUCUGAUCUCUCUCUAAAGUAUCAAUAUCCUUCUGGAGAUAUGAUCUCCAGUACUGCGUACAAUACUCCAAGUGAGGUCUCACCAGUGUUCUGUACAAUGGCAUGAGCACUUCCCUCUUUCUACUGCUAAUACCUCUCCCUAUACAACCAAGCAUUCUGAUGGCAUUUCCUGCUGCUCUAUUACAUUGUCUGCCUACCUUUAAGUCAUCAGAAAUAAUCACCCCUAAAUCCCUUUCCUCAUAUGUUGAGGUUCGGACUCUAUCAAAUAUUCUGUACUCUGCCCUUGGGUUUUUACGUCCAAGAUGCAUUAUCUUGAACUUAUCCACAUUAAAUGUCAGUUGCCACAAUUCUGACCAUUUUUCUAGUUUACCUAAAUCAUUUGUCAUUUGGCUUAUUCCUCCUGGAACAUCAACCCUGUUACAUAUCUUAGUAUCAUCAGCAAAAAGACAUACCUUACCAUCAAGACCUUCUGCAAUAUCACUAAUAAAAAUAUUAAAGAGAAUGAGUCCAAGUACAGAUCCCUGAGGUACCCCACUGGUGACAAGUCCAAGCUUCGAAUAUUUUUCAUUAACUACAACCCUCUGUUGCCUGUCACUCAGCCACUGCCUUACCAUUCAACAAUAUUGGAAUCCAAACUUAAAGAUUGCAGUUUAUUGAUAAGCCUUCUAUGUGCAACAGUGUCAAAAGCCUUACUGAAAUCUAGGUAAGCAAUGUCUACUGCACCACCCUAAUCUAUAAUUUUAGUUACCCAAUCAAAAAAAUCAAUAAGAUUAGUUUGGCAUGAUCUCCCUGAAGUAAACCCAUGUUGUCUCUGAUCUUGAAAUCCAUGUGUUUUAGAUGUUCAUCAAUCCUAUCCUUUAACAUGGUUUCCAUCACUCCCACUACUGGAGUAAGACUUACGGGCCUAUGGUUGCCGACUCCUCCCUACUACACUUUCUUUUUUUUUUUUUUUUGUAAAUAUAUUUUUAUUUGAUAUAAAGGUUGCCUCGUUCAAAUAUUCGAGGAGAAGAAGAUAAUGAACAUGCAAACAAAAAUUGGUGACGCGCAGGUCACAUUGUAACGUUGGAAACAGUGGUUUGUUGGACUCGCAGGUCCCAUGAAACAUAUUCAUUAGGUAGUAUUUUCACUUGGUCCGAUAUAUGGGGGUAUGGACCUACAGGUCCCCACAUACCUAGAGUUAGUGCCCGUGUCAAGAGGUUUCGGGUCGCGUCAUGUAUCAAUGCUUGUUUGUGUGCUCGUGCCAGCGGCCCGCCUGUCCUUAGGUGGUAGGUAGAGUAACGGUAUAGUCGCCUUUGUGGCAAGUGCAGAGGCGAUUGUAUCUCGCAGGCUUCUGCGUGAUGCCGCCUUCUAAGAGGUCGGGGGAAACGUUGUCCAACUUGUGGUGUAGGAGUCGAAGUUAUAGUGAGUUUUCGUCGCAAUUCGUGCGGUCUGUAGGGGCGUGUGUGUAUUGUGAGGGUUCUGUCUGUCGGGGGUCGGGUUACUGUCGGGGUAUGUCUUCGUCUGCGGUCGCUUGGUCCACGUAUCUGAGUCUGUGCGCGAAGUCGUCUUUGGAGGUCGUCAGGAGCCAGUGUGACCAGAUUUCUAGAUAUUUGUCAGAGGCGUUAGUGGGGCACAUGUUAAGUUCUUCCACUGCCCUAAGCUCUUCCAUUUGGGCAAACCAAGUAGUCAGUGGGGGUGUGACUGUCUGCUUCCAGAAUUGUGGGAGCACCUGUUUGGCUACAUUUAACAUUCGUAUGGUUAGUGAUUUCUUGUAUCGUGAUCUGGGGGUCUUCGUGUGGUGUAGGAGCAUGGCCUCGGGUAGGAAGGGUGAUGGUGCAUCAGAAAAUGUUUGGAGGAAACCGUGUAUGCCUUUCCAGAAGGGUCGGAUGGCCCCUAUUACCUUUCUUGUAAAUGGGCACAACAUUCGCCAACUUCCAAUCUUCUGGGACUACUCCUGUUAACAAUGAUUGGUUAAAUAAAUCUGUUAAUGGUUUUGCUAGUACACCACUAAGCUCUUUUAAUAGCUUUGGGUGUAUUCCAUCAGGUCCCAUUGACUUAUUUGUCUUUACUUUUGACAGUUGAAAUAAAACCUCUUCCUCUGUAAACUCACGUGUAAUAAAUGGCUCAUUUAUUUUCUGUCCUUCCCCAAUGUGGGGCUGCAAAGAGCUGCAUUCUGUUUCUUCUGCUGCAGUCUUACUCCCCUCUGCAAGCGUGGGUGGUGAGUAGAGGUCGCCCCGCGUGUGGCUCUUGUUACAGACGGGCCAUUAGGAUCAUAGUUGGUAGCUCUGUUAGUUGUUUUGCCCAGGCGGGGCCCCCCCCGGCUGCGCCUCGGUUUUUCACCGUUCAGGGGACAGGAAUUCAGCUGGCUGUCGUGCUGUUGGUGCUCUAGCCACAAUGCUGACCUGUGAUGGUGCUGGUGGUUGGCGCCUGUUCUCCAGGCGUUCCCAAAAUUGUUUACAUAUGGCAUCAAAUCUCAUGUGGAAGGCUGCUGCCCAGUUGCUGGGUGUUAGUCGCUCCGUGUGGGAAGUAGUGCGGUCAGCCAUCUUGGUCUGGUCUUGUAUCUUCCACCUGUCAGAUUUGAAGGUGAAUGCUCUCUUUCUGGGAGUAUAUCGGGAUGACCCCCACCGGUCCAAAGGGGGGGAACAAGGGCCCUUGUGCAGAGAUGCUGGCUGUCUGUGCAGCAGGAAAGCGGCCAUCUCUCCCGCACCCGCCAUGCUUGUAGGCCUCAUUUUCUUGUCGGUGAGUAUUGCUUGUAUUGCCGCUUGGGUAGUGUCAUCUUGUGCCGCUUAAUGUCACCUCUGUUUUGGAUGCCUUUUCGCAUUAAAAAAUUGCAGUUUGGGCAGUGAAAUUCUGCUUUAAUCGCUGUAGGCAGUAGGAGCUGUUGAGAUUUGCUUCCUCUCAGCUCCUGUGUCAGAUCCCGCCCCCUACUAAGCUCUUUUAAUAACUUUGGGUGUAUUCCAUCAGGUCCCAUUGAUUAUUUGUCUUUACUUUUGACAGUUGACAUAGAACCUCUUCCUCUGUAAUCUCACAUGUAAUAAAUGACUCAUUUGUCAUUUUUCCUAACUGAGGUCCCUUUCCUUUAUUUUCAUCUGUAAAUACUGAACAAAAAUAUUCAUUGAGGCAGUCAGCUAGACCUUUAUCCUCUUCUACAUACCUUCAUUCUUUUGUUUUUAAUCUAACUAAUCCUUGUUUUACUUUCCUUUUCUCAUUUAUCUAUAUAAAAAAUGUUGUGUCCCCCUUUUUUACUGACUGUGCUAUUUUCUCUUCUGUGUGUGAUUUCGAAGCUCUUAUAACUUGCUUAGCUUCUUUUUGCCUAAUCUUAUAGAUCUUUCUAUCUUCUUCACUCUGGUUUUUUUUACAAUUACUAAAUGCUAACUUUUAGUUUUUUACUAUUUUGGCCACAUCUGCGGAGUACCGCAGUGGUUUCUUAAUUUUUCUGCUUUUCCCUACCAGCCUAAUGCAAUAUUCCGUCAUGAUUUCCUUUUAUUCCAGAAGUUGUGUCCUUAAGGGGUUAAACCAUACUGACUGGUGAUCACUGGAUCCUAAACGUUCACCUACAGUAAUAUCUGAUACCAAAUCUCCAUUUGUUAAGACUAAAUCUAGUAUGGCCUCUUUAUGAGUUUGCUCCACAACGACUUGUUUUAGAGACAAUCCCAGUAGGGAGUUUAGAAUAUGUGUGCUCCUGGCACAAGUAGCUAAUUUUGUUUUCCAAUUUACAUCAGGAAGAUUAAAGUCACCCAUGAUGAUAACUUCCCCCUUCAUUGUCAUUUUAGCUAUUUCCUCAACUAGUAGAUUAUCUAACACUUCUAUUUGUCCUGGGGGCCUAUAAAUCACACGUACACGAGUUACUGUGUGAUUACCAAAUUCUAACGUAACCCAAAUGGACUCUAUGUUCUCCUCACUAACUUAGGGUCCGUUUAGUUUACAGACUUUAAGAAAUUGAGGCUAGGAUCAAUUAGUGGGUUUUCUGUUGAUAUAAAUGGACAAAUGUGUUUAUAAUAUUCCCUCAGGAUUUUUCAGUUGUUUUGUAACAAAAUUAUAUAUAUCUAAAUGCAUUUUUAUUUUUUCAAGGCUCUGCUAAUAUUAACGACAGGAGCAUGAUGGGAAAGCGGGACAGUGAGCUGGCAGUCAUUGUAGAAGACACAGAAUUUGUUAGUUCAGUGAUGGAUGAGAAGCCGUACCAGGCGGGCAAAUUCGCUCACGGUCUCCGGAUGGACUGUUUCAAGUGAGUGAUCCCACACAUCUGUAACAUUGAAAUGUAUACACCAUGGCAGUGCCAACUGCUACACUGUGCUAUGUACUCACAGUGCACAUACAGCGGUAGUGCCAGCCUCUG